UCAUUCCCAUGCAAUUCUCCAAAUCCAUCAAUUAAUUUAUACAAAUACCUCCAAGUAGCAAUUAAACACAUUAAACCCAACCCAUGGCUGAUCAUCCUCUUGUUCUGCAGAUACAUCCACCACAACCGCACCUUCAGCGCUCCUCGAGCACGGAGCUGGGUUCAGAACUAGCAAAUUCAUCAUCAACACCGCCAUCAGCAAACCCCAUGGCAACAAAUCCUGAACAGUUUGUGUUGCAAAUUGGACAAUCAUCAACAGCGCCACCACAGCAUGAAGGUAUUUUAAACCUCAAGGUAGGUAAGCCAAUUUUGCUACACAUAAACUCCUUAACACCGCCACCAAACCCACCACCACCACCACCACCAAAGCCAGAAAACCAAAACCAUGAUCUCCCUGCACCAUCUGAUGAUCAGAAACACCAACUGAAUGCCAUUGUUACACAGUCAACCCCAGCUGCUGAUAAAAUGAAGAUUAAUAAGAACCAAAAACUAAGCACUGCAGGAAGCCUUGCAAACCUUUUACCCACUGGCACAGUUCUUGCCUUCCAAGCCCUCACACCUUCUAUUUCCUACAACGGCCGAUGCCACACGUUCAACAAGUACCUUGUGGCAUUUGUCAUACUAGUUUGUUCUGUCAUAUGUUUUGUGUCAUCCUUCACUGAUAGCCUGCCAUGGGAAGGCAAAGUAUACUACGGCGUCGCCACAUCCACGCAUCUUCAUGUUUUGAACGAUGACGAUAACGAGACUCGUACAAACAAUGACAUUCAGCAGGAGUUGAAGAAGUUGAAAGUCCAAACUAGAGACUUUAUUCAUGCGUUUCUGUCGGUGUUUGUGUUCUUGAUCUUUGCUUUUAGCAGCUCAGAAGUGCAAGGCUGCUACUUUCCUAAAUCAAGAGAAUUGGAGUAUUCACUCGUCAUAUAUUUGCCUUUAGUGGUUGGCCUUUUCUCAAGUUUCUUGUUCUCCGUUUUUCCGACUAAACGCAGAGGGAUUGGAUGUGCAUGAACAAUCAUUAUGUACACCAAUAUAUAUUAUAUAUAUAUAAAGUGCGCACGUCCCGCAUAGGAUAUAUAUUCUACCUUUUAUUUUAGGGAUGUAAGAAUUUGAUCCCUAUCUAUUUACCCGAAAUCUGCUAGCACUCGAAAGAGAUAAAUAAAAAUGGAACUUGCACCUCAAG